GAACGGAAGAAGAUACGUUGAUAUUGACGUCUUCCCCAAAGCGAAGGUUAAAUAAAAUCGUCAAAAGGAGUUCUCUUGCUGUGGAAGAAAACCAGCAGAGCUAGAGCUACCUGCUACAGAGAGCGAGAGUGAAGAUGAGGAUCACUGUGAUGACCGCCGACGAGCAGAUCGUCUCCUUGGAUGUCGACUCCCAUGAAUCCGUUGAGAACGUCAAAGCUCUGCUCGAGGUAGAGACACAAGUGCCCCUUCAGCGGCAGCAGCUGUUAUACAAUGGAAGGGAGAUUAGGAAUGAUGAGAAACUGAGUGCAGUGGGUGUUAAGGAUGAGGAUUUGAUAAUGAUGGUCUCUGAUGCUGCAUCCAGUGUAUCUACCAACGAUUUGGGCUUCAAUUCUGAUGGGUCUGCUGUAAACCCUGGUGCUUUUCAGCAACAGUUACAACGUGAUUCUAACAUGAUGGGACAGCUGUAUCAGAAUGAUCCUGAAUUAGCACAAGCAAUUCUCGGCAAUGAUGUCAAUAAGCUGCAGGACCUAUUACGACUGCGCCAUCGCCAAAGAUCUGAAUUAAGGCGUCGGCAGGAGGAUGAGCUUGCACUACUCUAUGCAGAUCCUUUUGACGUUGAAGCUCAAAAGAAAAUUGAAGAGGCCAUUCGUCAGAAAGGAAUUGAUGAGAAUUGGGAGGCUGCAUUGGAACAUAACCCUGAAGGUUUUGCUAGGGUGGUCAUGUUGUAUGUUGACAUGGAGGUGAAUGGCGUCCCCUUAAAGGCAUUUGUUGAUAGUGGGGCUCAAUCAACAAUCAUAUCAAAAAGCUGUGCUGAAAGAUGUGGCUUGCUGAGGCUUCUGGAUCGACGUUAUAAAGGUAUUGCUCACGGGGUUGGUCAAUCUGAGAUACUGGGGCGAAUACAUGUCGCUCCAAUCAAGAUUGGCAGUAUAUUCUACCCCUGCUCCUUCUUGGUAUUGGAUUCUCCCAAUAUGGAAUUCCUCUUUGGUCUAGAUAUGCUCCGCAAGCACCAGUGCAUUAUUGAUUUGAAAGAGAAUGUUUUGAGAGUUGGCGGAGGAGAGGUUUCAGUACCAUUUUUGCAUGAAAAAGACAUUCCAUCUCGUUUCUUAGAUGAAGAUAGACAUAAACAAGCGUCAAGCUCAGGAGCUGUGGCAACUUCAGGAGCAACUGAUAAGAACAGUAACAUGCCGACCAGCGGACAAGGUUCUGGAGGCACACGUGGUAAUGCGACACAGGGACCUGCUUUUGAAGCCAAAGUAGCAAAGCUUGUUGAGCUAGGAUUUGGAAGAGAAGCAGUGAUACAAGCUCUCAAGUUAUUUGAUGGCAAUGAAGAGCAGGCAGCUGGAUUUCUUUUUGGUGGCUGACAGAAAAUUUUUAUUGGGUUUUAAAAACAUUCAUUUAUUUGUGGGAAAAAUGUAUAUCUUUAAAAUAUGUUCAUACUGAUAGCAUUUGUUUUUUGAGUUAGAACUACCCACGAAUUUCUGUUUCUGUUGCAAGUGAAAUGCAAAGUAAACCGAAUUAAGUCUCUUGAAGGUA